GGCAAGUGUCAUUGCUUCUUGAUUUAUUAUCAGAGAGGUUGUUUAUUAUCGUUUAUUAUGCAUAAAUUUUUAUGCAUAAAUUAGAUUGUUUUGAUUGGGUUUUAUAGUAUAAAUUAUAUCUUAUUUUAAAAAACUGUAAUGAUUCAGGUCUGUUGCUGAAACACAAAUGGAAGAUAUAAAUUCUUAUAUUGUCCUUCCUUUGAAUGCCGAUGAAUCUAUCUUCAUCCCUAAUCUCAUUUCCGGCUAUUUUCCAAAUUUAUAUGUUGCUGAAUCUUGUAAUCAAAAGCCCCUUACUAAUCAAGAGCUUGUUCCACCUAGUAAAGGGGAAGAGGAACAUGUUAAUAAUCAAAAUUUGGUUCUUGAGCCAGUACAUUCAAAUUAUCAAUUUGAUCCCUAUGAAGUCUCUUCUGAAAAUACUGUAAUAAAAUGUCCAAAAUGUGAUGCUUCUUUCAACGAUAUAAAUCUAUACACUGUGCAUGAGAAAACUCACCAAGAUAACAAUAAAUUAGAGUGUAAAAAAUGCUAUCAAACAUUCAGUCAGGUGGAAACAUAUAAAAAACAUCUAUUAACACAUCAGGAGGAUAAGCUCUUCAAUUGUGUUAUAUGCAAUGCUGGUUUUAAUUUUGAAAAUAAUUUGAAAGUACAUAUGGCACUACAUGGAAAGUCAUUAGUGUGUCCUAUAUGUGGGUUAUCAUUCCAAAGAACAGCUAGUUUGAAGUCACAUUUAGCUAUACAUCAAGUUGAAGAAUUUCAUACUUGUCCAGAAUGCGCAUCAGAAUUUGAUAGUAUGGAUGACCUGAAAAAACACAUCAAAAGCCAUAUUAAACAGGUUGAUGUUGAACCUCCAUCACAUGAAUUGAUCUGUAAAUAUUGUAAAGUAAAGUUUUCUACUGAAAAGCAGUUGAAUCAACAUAUUGCCUGUCAUUUGAAGGUAAAAAAACUUGUUCUCAAUGGGAAAAAACCAAAAAAAGAACAAGCUUCACAAAAAGAGCACAAGCAUAAAUGUAAUGUUUGUAAUAAGUCUUUCCUCAAAUUGUCUUUACUUGAAAGACACUUGAGGAUUCAUAAGGGAGAACGUCCAUAUUUGUGUCAACUUUGUUCCAAAGGCUUCACACAAAAAGGAACACUCCAAAUCCAUUUAUUGAAACAUUCUGGUAUAAAGCCAUUUUGCUGCACGUUAUGUCCAGCAAAGUUCCAUCAGAAAGGUAAUUUAAAAGUACAUGUUCAAAAAACACAUACAGCAGCUGAAGAGGGAGAAAAAACAUUCAAAUGCUCUGAAUGUGACUGCAUCUUCAAAAAACUGGCUUCACUGAAUGGGCAUAUGAGAAAAAUUCAUUCGGAUUUCGGUUUAAUCAACAUAACUACAGUUAUCGAUCAGUUGAAGAGUCUAGAAAAACAAUUAGGAGGAAAUGCUGCAGAAUCAAAGGAAAAUCAAGUCAUUGAAAAUCCCUCAAAUCCGGUUAAUCCCACACCUGAUGAUAUUCCUAAGGAAAAUGAAACAAAUGAAAACUGUAAAGUGUAUUCUUUAAAGCAAAAAUUUGAUGGAUCAAAUAAGGUUUACAUUUGUUCUUAUUGUAAUAAGGAAGCUAAAAAACCAUCAGAUUUAAUUCGUCAUAUACGGACACAUACAAAAGAAAAACCAUUCAAGUGCCAGUGUGGUAGCUCAUUUGCCCUAAAGUCAACCCUUCAAUCACAUAUGAAGGUGCAUAAAGGAAGAAAAUGUGAGAAAUGUUCUAAAGUUAUUGCGUCAGCCAAAGUAUGGAAAGCUCACUUAAGAAAGCAUGAAAUCAACAAAAAUGAAGUGAAACAACAAGAUUGCCUUGACAUUGCAGUACCUUCAGAUUCCCCAAUAAAUAGACAUACAAUAAUUUCGGACAAACCUUUAAAAUGCCAAUUGUGCUCAUCAUCAUUUUCGAAGAAAGAAAAUCUUAGUCAACAUAUGCGCUUACACACAGACGAAAAAGCAUCCAAGUGUCCAGUAUGUGAAAGAUUAUUCACAUCUUCCCAUACUUUGAAGCAGCAUAUGCAAAGCCACUCAGACUUCAAUUGCCAUUUGUGUGACAAAAAAUUCAAAAAUGAAUCAUUAUUGGAACAACAUGUUUCAACAAUUCAUGAUGAUUCAAAACUAUAUGAUUGUCCUUGUUGCAGAAAAAAAUUCAAAAGUUGGAUUAUGUACAGAAAACAUACCCAGGAGAGGCAAGAAAUUCAGGACAAUAAACAUGUUGGGUAUGAUGUACUUGUCGAAGAAGAAAGUAUUCCUACAAAUAAUUCUCUUAAUAAUAUAUUUGACAAACAGUCCAUAUUGAGAAUGGAUUCAAAUGACAUAGUUUUCGAGGAUUCUUUCAACAUACAGAACACUGAUGUUCUAACCAAUUCAGUAGUAGAAUCGGUACAGAACAUGAAUGAAGAAGUUGACAUUCCAGAUUCUACCGCAGUUUUUGAUUCAGAACAAAAUUCGAAUAUUCAAACAAUAUUAAUAAACUGCCCAGAAUUACAAAAUGGGGAGUUAUUAAACAAUUACAUUAUGUCACAUUUGAAAUUGCAGUCAAACAAUGCUAUCAUACUCGAUACUACUAAUGACAAGAAUGAGGAAUCUCCAAUCAUAUUCAAUAUCCAAGCCUUUAAUGUUGAAGCUUCGCAUGGAGCUGAAUGUUCUGGAAAUGCGGAUGAAUAUACACAAGAAUUUGGUGAAAAAUCAUUUGACCCAGUUUUAAAUGUUGUGGCUGAAAACUCUUCAUUGCAUGAAAAUAGAGACAGCCCUCUUCUGGGAUCCCUUGAAAGUUGCAUGGAGAAUGAUAUUGGGGAUAAUUUCUUAUCCAAUAAUAUAUCACUGUAUCCGAGCACACAAAUGAAUUUCGAAAGUAGAUCAGAAAUUAAUUCAAAUACAAUCAAUGUCAAUGAAUCUCAGGGUAAUGCAUUAAUUGAAAUAUUAGAGAAAGCUGACACUAACAUUGAGAAUAAUCUUCAUUUACUCAACACUACAAGUGAGGCACUGGAAAAUGUUAAUUCAAGUAUGCUUCACUGUUUAGUUUGUAAAAAGAUGUUUGACAGUAUGGAACCAUAUCAAACUCAUGUUUGUAUGAAAUCAAAUUUGAAAAAGAAUAAUGUUUCAACAACUCACAAAAAGUGUAGUAGGAAUAUAAACAUACUGAGAAGAAAAAUUCAUGUUGAAGAUGAAGAGGUGAUUGAGAAAAAAAAGAGUCCUACCAAAAAAUACCAUUGCGUUUAUUGUGGUAAGGAAUUUGGAAGUAGAGGUUUUUAUAUGAAACAUGUAAACUCAGACCAUAAGAACGAAAAUGGUCUAUAUAAAUGCAAGUUUUGUGAGAAAGAGUUCAAGAAACCCUCAGAUUUAGCGCGUCAUUUGCGAACACAUACAGGAGAAAAACCAUUUGCAUGUGAUGAGUGUGAUAAAAGAUUUACAUUGAAAUCGACACUUGAAGCUCAUCAAAGAACACACAAUCCAAGUGCUACUAAAAAUUUCGUUUGUGAAGUCUGCAAUUCAUUUUUCAGUUCGAAUUCCAGCAAAAAAUUGCAUAUGAAUGUGCACACUGGAUCAAAACCUCAUAAAUGUGAUUACUGUGAGAAACACUUCAGAACUGCUGCUCAUAAAAAAUGCCAUGAGAAGAAAAUACACUUCAGCAACAGAGAAAAAAAGGCGAAUCAAAGCAAAGCUAAAAGAAUUACCAAUAUUCUUGCUGCUGCAGUAGAAAUGGCUGUGAAUGAAAUUGCUUGUGAUAAUCAAGUUUUAGAAGAGCAGGACACUCCUUCAUAUUCAGAAAUAAAGCUGUCAUCAAAUAGAAACUUCUUCCCAGCUGAUUCUGUGACAGAAAACUCAACAAGUAUUCAUUUUGUAAAUUAUUAUUUUGUAUAUUUAUUGAUUUUUGUGAUUAUAUUAAUCAAUUCACGUCCAGUUGUAAGAAAUUUGUUAAGAUUUAAUACUCCAUAAAAAUGUUGAUCCUCCAUUUUUCCAUUAAAAAAUGACAGUUUUAAAUUUUGAAGAGGUAUCAAAUCUCAGUGGACUUUCCUGCAACUGGAUGUCACAAAUUGUACGAACUAACUGGCCUCACACCAUCAUUCGGAGCAUCAAGACCAUUCUAUCGAAGAUGAAUAGAUGCUGACCAUGGUUUCCGCCUUAUUUGACCUCAUCAGAGCAACAUAACCCUUAUCCUGAUAGAAAAGACGAGGAACCGACGGAAUACAUUGAAUGUCAGCACUAGGAUGUUAUGAGUACUCUCCCAGCCCAGCGCCAUCUAUCAGGCAACAAUACAACUCCAAUUACCUCUCCAUUAUUGCCAGAACAAAUGUGGUGGGAUAUAUCACAUUGCUUUCUUUGGGUCAAAUGAUGGUGCGAGGCUAGCUCGAUCCAAAAUGUAACUUUACGGUUAUAAUUUACAAUAAAUUUUUAUUUCC